CUCGCAACGUUCACCACGUGCCACGCGUGAAUCGUACUUGAAUUUUGACUGUCGUGCGUUGCUGGUUUACGAUUAACGUUGUUGCUGGUGGCUCAUUUUUUUAUUUAUGAUGGAAUUUACUCGACUUACCUUCAUACUUGUCCUAACACUGAAUUGUGCCAUCGUUAUAAUAGCCGCUAGGAACCCGCCUAGUGAUUCCAUACUGGACAUUAUAAACAUGAAGGAAGUAAACAGAAUACUGGCAGAAAAUAAACAAAACCAAACCAAAGAGGAGAACAGAUUUCUGAUCGACAACGACCUAAAUGAAAACUACUUGCCACCGGAACCAGAAUAUGAGAUACAAAACGUUAAACUACUGCAACCAGAACCACCGAAAACGGAGAACCCCAGAAUCGACAUCGACGUGCUACUGAGACGCAACAAUUACUCCGAACCUUACCGAGGAACCGAACUACUGUCGGAUUUGAGAGGAUUCAACGGCAGAAAACUGUUGAAGUCUAGCAAGAACGCGGUGCUGGUUACCAAGAAGGAAUACCUCCAAAGAGACUGGUGCAAAACCGAACCCCUGGUGCAAAAAAUCAAAGAAAAAGGUUGCCUGACAAGAACCAUGAUCAACAGAUUUUGUUACGGCCAGUGCAACUCUUUCUACAUACCGAAGAACCCCAAAAGGCGCAGCAGACACCGUUCGGUCGUCGAGGAGACCGAAGACGAGGACACCAACGGACCCGCAUUCAAGUACUGCGGGUUCUGUAAGCCUCAGAAAUAUACGUGGGUAACUGUAACGUUAAAAUGUCCCAAUUUGGUACCACAGUACAGGAAAAAGCGGAUACAAAGAAUUAAACAGUGCCAAUGCUUAGCCGCCAACGAUUAAAAUUGUUACGUUGUGAUAAUGACUUAAUCAUUCGGAGAAUAUAUUUGAAACGACCUGUUUGGUUUGAUUUAGUCUUGUUAUUAUUGUUUAAUUGUUUACAUUUCUCAUGAGUUGGUUGUGGCUUCGAUUUUGCAUCUUUAGAGUGUGAAUGGGUAAGUUUUUCACGGAACGCCAAUCCCAAAGUCAUACAUGGUAUAGUCACAGACCAAUACACGAUAAAUGCACGGUGCAUUAUGUCAUUGUAUUAUAGAUACAUUGCAUCAGUGGUAACAAACAAUCUCAAAUUAGUUAUACAUAAAAAAUAACCAUCCUUCUUCCACACCUAUUAAUGCUUCGUUUCUUUCAUUGAUUUAAUAUUGAGAAUAAGUAGUAAAUCUAGCAAAUGUAUUCAAAUAUAUUCCAGAAAAGUUGUGAGUGAUAUUUACGAGUGCUGUUAUUUAUAACAAUUUUGUACUCUACAUCACGUUUAGAAGCAUAUUGCACACUAUAAUGUAGUUGUUUACAAUGAAAAACUUUAAAGCCAUUUAUAAUAAUAAUAUUUUGGAAACUAAUGACUCAUUUUAAGAAUGUAAAAAAUGUCUCAUCAGUGGAAAAUUAUAUAGAGGCUCAGAAUAGAAAGGGUACUUUCUACACUGUGGUAGACAUAAUUUAGACAUGCAAAAGUUGCAACUUUGGUAUUUAUUUAUUAAUUAUUAGCUUAAUUAUAUAGCUCUCUUUAAAUGAAAAGACUGUGUUAGUUAUUUUUAUUAUAUUAACAACUACUUAGCUUUUAUUAAUUAAAUGUUAAGACGACAACAACUAGACACUUUGACAAUAUGAGAAUAUAGCCACUAAUUUGUUCUUUUAAUUUAUGUUGAUAAGCUUAUAGAACGAGGAUAAAAACCAGGAAAUAAUUUGGUAGAUAAUUUUUUGCAACAGCCAAUCGAAAGUCAGACUUUUAGUACAUCGUAAAACGAAGCUCCAAUGCACGGGUUUGCAUCUAUAACAAGUUUUUUUACUAAUGCAUUAAAUUUGUAAUAAACAUUCUGUUUUCUGUUUAAUGUUCAAGUGGUGUUAAGAAAAAACACAAAUUUAAUCAAAUCGUAAUAUGUUUCGGCGCCUCGCAAUGCUCUUGUGCUCAGCAAACAGAGACGCAUUGAAACAAAUUUCACAUCAAAAGCUUAAUAUUUAUUAGCUUAAUUUUUUAUAAUUUUGCCUUAAAAAUAUGUCAUCGUUGAAUCAAGAAUUUACCAGUCAAUUUUAAGUAAAAUUAAAAAAGUUCAACUAUUCAACCUAGACAGGUUUUUAUUAAAAUUGAAUUGAAGAAUUUACUUUUUAAUUUGUUAUAAAAAAUUUACAUUACAAUUUCACUUAUAUUAUUCACUAGUUAAUAUUAAUAGUUGAAGAAUUAAUUAUAAUAUUUGUUUAUUUGUACACAAACUUUGUAAAUAAAAAAUUGUCAAAACAGAACUUAUUUGAUCUUUCAGCAAUUAAUUAGCCAAUUAAAAAUUGAGCAAUAAAUUGGCUAUCUAACUGCUAUUAGAUUGUAAAUAUUGUGUUGUAAUCUAAAAAAUAAUUUUAAUUUAAUAACUAGGAGUUUUUUGAUGAUUAAUUUAUAUAUUUGGGUUGUGCCGUCCCUGCAAGAAUUUUUGACGCAUCAGUCCGCCGUAUUUCGAACGCCAGAAUUGUAAUGGAAAACGUUUUAUCAGACCAUUAAAGAAUCGUUAGAACAAAUUGAAUGUAUCGAGGAAGGCGACUUCGGCGUCAAUAAAAAUUGCCACGAUGAUCGGAAGACUCGGGCUUCGCACAAUAUGUGGAUUAAGAUCUUGUUCUACAACUUGCACCGUCGCUAACAUAAACAUCCACUUUUCUAGGAUGUUGCCUGGCUGGCGUGUAAUAGAGCCCGCUUGUUUAUUACACUGCUCAUUAGUUGAGGACGCAUUGGAAACGUCUACUCAUUAAUUGUGUUUGGUUUCCCUUUCGCUUAUAAAUAUUUUAUAUUUUUUCACACUCCAAUCGCUUGACACCCGACUAUUUAUAAUUUUUAGCACGUUUCUAGGAAUUUUAGCUGAAAAUUCUGAUAAUGAUGUCCGAAAAUAUUUUCGAAAAUACCCACCAAUAGUCGACUUCCCGUAUAUUCAAUAUUAAUAACAUAUUCGCAAAAACAUAAAAUUUCAUUUACGCUGCAUCAUUUUAAAUAACUGCAGUCUUAUGAUCAGUUUAACUUUUACCACAGGACUCAUUAAACCGCGGUCGUAAAUUUUAAUGGGCUGCGUACUUUUGAGUGAGCGCCGCCUAAAAUCCGAAUAAUUUUUUUUUUCGCUGAUUUCGGGCAACCGUCGUAGGCUGCAAAAUAAUAAAAGUAUAAAUAGAAAUCAACGUAAUUUUAAUGAUUCUUACCCACUCAGCAUGUAGGCUUGUGGCGCCAUGUAAUGUUUGUACACUUAUUAAUGUAGUUGGGAACGUUUAUUAGUACUUCUCGCCUACCAAACAGUGACGGAGCAUCAAGAGCAACGGCCCCACCCAAAAAUACGAACAAAUUAUUCUGCAAUGCGUAAAUAAUUCAUUGGCUAAUUAAAACAAAUCAAUUAUUGAGUAAUAUUUUAUUUGUCUUCCACCGCUUAGGUUGUGUCUUAUUGUCAAAGUGUUUUGGUUCAAGCUAAAGUGUCCACUAUGAUUUAGAUUAUUUAUUUUAUUACACAUGACAUUAUAAUCAAAUACCUACAUAAUAUGUUGAUAUUAACUGGUAGAAUUUAGCUGCAUAGUAUUUAUAAAUCAAUUAAAUAUAAUUUAAAGUUCCUAUUAUGUUAAGUCUAAAAUAUUGUUGUAUUAAUAUUUAUAGGGAUAAUAAAUGUGGGUAGACGUGUAUGCAUAGAUUUAUUUAUUUUGUUUAAUCAUAAUGUAACUUUGUAACAAUCAAUAAAUUUUGUUUAUACCAGA